UUUGAACACGCUCCUCACCACCUCGUUUUUUGCCUAUCUCAGGUCCAAGGACUACUCAAAACAACAUGGCUCUCCCCAGCCCAUUCCGCUACCUCCUCCUCUUCAUCCUCGCAACAGCCACCCUAGCCUCAUCCCUCCUAACACUCACCAUCCCCUCCUCAAACGCCCUCCCAAACCCGCACACCCUCCCACCCGGAACCCACGCAACACUCACCUCCCUCCCCUCCUCCUCCUACAAUCCCACAGAAGGAGCCCACGACCAGGGACACAAAUCAACUGCCCCCCUUACCCGCUCCGCAACCUUCACCUUCCCCGCCCUCCCCAAAUCCUCCUCCCCAACAUCCUACCUCCUCGACAUCCGCUCCGCAGAGUACAUCUUCGCCCCCUACAGAGUCGACCUCGCUGCGGAUGGAUCCGUCCUCGGUAUCUGGGAGACCUUUCGCGGAAAUCCCUGGGAUAACCGUGGUGCGGAAAAAUUCCUCGCUGAUGUUUCUGCGCCGGCGUCUGGGAGGGAUGUCACCGUUGACGUGAAGGUGCUUGCUAGGAGGGGGCUUUAUGAGGAACGUUCCACGUUCUCGCCCUUGGCUCUGUUUAAGAAUCCGAUGAUUUUGCUGGCUUUGGUCGCUUUGGGGUUUACGUUUGGGAUGCCCAUGUUGAUGGAUAAUAUGGACCCCGAAAUGCGCGCCGAAUUCGAGAAGCAGUCUCGCGCCUCCCCUGUCUCCGGCGCUGCGAGAGGCGCCAUCGGUGGUGGUGGUGCCGCCCCCGGCAACUUUGAUCUCGCUGGGUGGAUGGCUGGUACCGGUAACAGGCCGGCGGCGGCUGCCCCUGGGACGGAGGCGGAAUCUUCUCAGGGUGGAGCUGCUACUGGGAGGGAAAACGGAGGUGCUACGCGGAGACGAUGAUCAACUUGAGGCGAUGGAAUGGUAUAUGUGUAUGGUGUGUUUUACAUGAUAUUGUGAACUUGUGGAUCCAGACGGACGAUCAACUUAUUUGUAC